UGCUCACACCUUUCUGCUCCUCUGGCAGGUCGUCAGGCAGGAUCUCGUUGCUGUGGACCCCUCACCCUGCCCCAGGGAAGGGCCUGCUGCCUCCAGGAUGGCGAGAUGGCUGCCUCGUUCGGCUGACCUGACCCGCUUCUGCCAGAAACUCAACAGGGUGAAGACCUUGGAGGAUGACAUGAUGGAGACAUCCUUCAACAGAUGCCUUUCCACCAUCGACUUGACGCUGCUGGGCAUUGGGGGCAUGGUGGGCUCUGGGCUGUACGUCCUCACAGGCACCGUGGCCAAAGAGAUCGCUGGCCCCGCCGUCAUAGUCUCCUUUAUCAUCGCUGGCUUUGCUUCGCUCCUGGCUGCUCUCUGCUACGCCGAGUUUGGUGCCCGGGUACCCAAGACGGGCUCUGCCUACAUGUUCACCUACGUGUCUGUGGGUGAGAUCUGGGCCUUUCUCAUCGGCUGGAACGUGCUGCUGGAGUACAUGAUUGGGGGAGCCGCGGUGGCCAGGGCCUGGAGUGGCUACCUGGAUUCUAUUUUCAACCACAAGAUAAAGAACUUCACCGAGACCCAUGUGGGCACCUGGCAGGUGCCGUUCCUGGCCCGCUACCCUGAUUUCUUGGCAGCUGCCAUCCUGCUGGUAGCCACUGCCUUCAUCUCCUUUGGGGCCAAAGUGUCCUCCUGGCUCAACCACGUCUUCUCAGCCAUCAGCAUGGGUGUCAUCCUCUUCAUCCUCAUCAUGGGCUUCAUCCUUGCGCAGCCCAAGAACUGGAGUACCCAAGAGGGCGGCUUUGCCCCAUAUGGGCUGUCGGGCAUCAUGGCUGGCACGGCCACCUGCUUCUAUGCCUUUGUAGGCUUUGAUGUCAUUGCAGCCUCCAGUGAAGAGGCCAGGAACCCACAGAGGGCUGUCCCCAGGGCCAUCGCUUUCUCAUUGGGGCUGGCCACUGGGGCCUACAUCCUGGUGUCAGUGGUGCUGACGCUGAUGGUGCCCUGGCACACACUGGACCCCGACUCUGCCUUGUCGGAUGCGUUUUACAGGAGGGGCUACGCCUGGGCAGGCUUCCUGGUGGCUGCUGGCUCCAUCUGCGCAAUGAACACAGUCCUGCUGAGCAACCUCUUCUCCCUGCCGCGCAUCGUCUACGCCAUGGCCGAGGAUGGGCUCUUCUUUCAGGUCUUCUCCCGAGUGCAUCCCCGCACGCAGGUGCCCGUCAUUGGCAUCGUGGUCUUUGGGCUGCUCAUGGCCCUGCUGGCCCUUGUCUUCGACCUGGAAGCCCUGGUGCAGUUCCUGUCCAUCGGCACGCUGCUGGCCUACACCUUCGUGGCCGCUAGCAUCAUCGUCCUGCGCUUCCAGCAGCAGAAGGUGGAUGUCCCCGCACCAGCAGCUGGUGGCCGGCCCAGCUCUGAGUCCCACGAGGGUCCCUCUGCCAGCGAGCUGAAGGAGUAUGAGUCUUUCUCCGACAAGCUCCAGCUGGUGGACAGGGACAAGAGCAAGGAGCACCGGGAGCCAGGGCAGCUAAAGGCAGCUUUUGAACCCUACUUGGAGUUCCUCAGCGACUUCUACCCGGGUGAGGUGGUCACGGUGGCUGUGGUGACCCUGAUGGUGUCUGCCAUCUGCCUCUGCUCCAUCUUGGUGUUCGGCAACACCCAUCUCCACCUGCCCACCUGGAGCUACUCCCUGCUGCUGGUCCUCUUCAGCCUGGGCUUCCUGCUCAGCCUCCUCCUCAUCUGGGCGCACGAGCAGCAGCAUGGCACACAGACCUUUCAGAUCCCCCUGGUGCCCCUCUCCCCAGCAUUGAGCAUCAUCCUCAAUAUCUAUCUGAUGCUGAAGCUCAGCUACAUGACGUGGCUCCGCUUUGCCAUCUGGCUGUUCUUAGGCCUGCUGGUGUACUUCGGUUACGGGAUCUGGCACAGCAAGGAGAACCUGCGGGAGCCCAGGCCGCAGCGCGUCAGCGCCCGCUACGUGGUGUUCCCCAGCGGCAGCCUGGAGGAGAGGGUGCAGGCAGUCCAGCCCAGCUCCCAGCCCGCCGCUGGGCUGCCGGACACCGACACCGACGACUGCAAGAGAUGACAGCCUCGGGAAUGGGAGCACCUGGCUACGGGAGCAUCUGAACCCCUCCCCGCGGUGAGGCCAGAGACCCCCCCCCUCCUCUUUCUGCUGGUCCCUUCGACACCAGAGCCACUGGCACUGCCCUGGGCAUGUGGCUCCAUCUGGAGAUGAUGGAGAUGACGAGGAUGCUUGCCCUUCCCCACUCACUCCCCACAGAGCAGGGGGCGGGCUGGCUCCCUCCCUCCUCCCCAUCCCCAUCCCUCAGGAACUGGGUCCCAGCCCCCUCAGCCCAGUGCCUGCCCUGCUCAUGAGGAGCCGCGUACUCCCCCCUUUCCCCCAAGCACACCCAGGUGCUGUCAGCAUCUCUUCCCACUGGCCCGUUGGCGUAACCAGGGAUGCAGAGGGAUGCAGCGAGUCCCCGGGGCCAGGACAGGCAGGCCAGCACUGCCCAUCCUGGGUCUCAUCCUGGCUGCAGUGUGGGCUCUUACUGCAGCCAUGUGCAGUCCUCCUGCGGAGGCAGGAGCCAAACACACUUCCCUGCCGUCAUCCCUGCCAUCCUCAUCCCCAGGGCUGCUCAGGCUGGGGCUGAGGGGACCGAGGAGCAGCUGGGGACAUAAGAUGGAGUAUGAGCAGCUAGGCAGAGACCCCAGGACAGCCUGGCAUGGCAGAAGCCAAACUGCAUCUUCCCAGGCGCUGGUGUCGGCUGUUUCAGGCUGAGCUGGGGGCUGUGCCCGGCUGGAAGCUCUGCUUUAAGGUCACACUAGGGCCAGGCUCUUGCCUCAGCCCUGAGCUGGGUGUGGGCAUAUAGGACCCCAGAUUUAUUGCCUUGUCCCCAGAGGUCCCCAGCAACAGCCCUGGGCUGGUCUGCCUGGAGCCAGCUCCCCCCUCCCCCUAUGCCCCUGCAGCACAGCCUGCACUGUCACCCACCCCGGCAUAGGGGGCUCAGCCUCCUGUGAUGGCCCCUCCAGGCUCUCUGUGGCUCAUGAAGGGCCCUGUGGGUGCUUUUCAGUAUUGCCCUCUCCCCGGCGAGCACCCCCGUGCUCUGGGACUCACCCUGGCUGCUGUAGUCCUGUUGAGGGGAGACCUCAGCAGCACUGCUGCAGCCACCCCUGGAUGGUUUGCUCAUGGGCAGCCUGGAGUGGAAGGGAAGGGGAGGGGUUUAGCACAUUUUGGAAGAAAUAGGUGGAGGAAACAGUCAAGCACGAGCUUGCCAAACUGCCAGGCCUUGCAGCAUGGACACUCUGCUCCCUGCAGCUGUGCUGGAUGUGCAACGUCCUCUGCAUCCUGCGAGGAGCUGGGGACCACGGGCAAGCUGGUCCCAUUGCUUCUCACUGGCCAGUCCCUGGGGGGGGCCUAGAGGGGCCACGGGCGGGUCUCUGUACAACACCCCACUCCCUGGGGAGCCCCUCUGCCUGCCAGCACUGCUCCGCGUCCCGCCUCGCCCCCACACUGCCACUGCUGCCCACGGAGCAGCGUGUCCCCGCCGUGCUAUGGCCCUGCUUGGCACCUCUGUGUAGUGGCUUGUGAGCAAUGGGCUGACUCGGUCACCCUCAUAAAUACUGGUUCUGCGA